GGCACCAAAUUGAGCAAGAAAUCAAACCAUUUCUAGGGCUUAAUUAUUCUCUGUCAUUCCCGCUAUUUCCUCUCUCCGUCUUCCUCCUCAGAUUUUCACACACAGAAAAAUCUAUUUUCUUAUCCGAAUUUUAAUUUAUUAUUAUGUAGCUAUUUAGGAGCCAUGAAAAGGAGACCCUAGCGCUUGAAUAAAACCCUAAUUGGUUAAUUUGUGUUCAAUUCUACGACAACAGGCGUUAAUUUUGGGUGAUUUUGUGGGUUUUCUGAAUUAGUGUAGAGAAGAUUGGGAAAUGGAGGGAAUUCCGCAUCCGAUACCGAGAACUGUAGAGGAAGUCUUCAACGAUUUCAAAGGCCGUCGAGCUGGUCUAAUCAAGGCCCUCACCGUUGAUGUUGAGAAGUUUUAUCAGCAGUGCGAUCCUGAAAAGGAGAAUCUGUGUCUGUAUGGAUUUCCAAAUGAGACAUGGGAAGUCAACCUGCCUGUUGAGGAGGUUCCUCCUGAACUACCUGAGCCAGCAUUAGGAAUAAACUUUGCUAGGGAUGGCAUGCAAGAAAAGGAUUGGUUAUCACUUGUUGCAGUUCACAGUGACUCGUGGCUACUUUCUGUUGCAUUCUAUUUUGGUGCACGCUUUGGAUUUGGCAAGAGUGAAAGGAAGAGGCUUUUCCAGAUGAUUAAUGAUGUACCAACUGUAUUUGAAGUCGUGACAGGAGCUGUUAAGCCUGUCAAGGACCCGGCAGCUUCUCAAAAUAACAGAAGCAAGAGCAAAUCUGGCGGGAGAAUGCAGUCUCAUCAGCCUGAGUCAGAGCACAAGGGAGUUAAGAUUUCUGCACCCAAAGACGAGGAGGAGAGUGGAGAGGAGGAGGAGGAGGAGGAAGAAGAAGAAGAAGAAGAAGACGAACAGGGAGCAGUCUGUGGAGCUUGUGGAGACAACUAUGGGGCUGAUGAAUUCUGGAUUUGCUGUGACGUGUGCGAGAGAUGGUUCCAUGGAAAGUGUGUUAAGAUUACACCUGCUAAAGCUGAACAUAUCAAGCAGUACAAGUGCCCCACCUGCAGUAACAAGAGGGCUAGAGUUUAAUCUACCAUUUUAGAAGUCGAAAGAUCACGAAUUGAAGGGGCUUGAUUUUAGCUUAUAAAUUUGAAUGUCUGCUGAUGGGAUCAAAAUGUUGUGAAUUUCUUCAGAUUUCUAUUAAUCGAACUUUCUUGUAUUUUAGGGAUCUUCGUGAAGAAAAAAAUUGUGCCUUCUGUUUUGAGUGUGAUUUUUGAGACAUUUUACCAGUAAUGGUAUUGUAGUUCUUCUAUGGUUGUUAACAUGCGUGUCUUGGGCACAUCUCCA